AUGAAUAAUAGAAACGAAAAUAUGAAUAUCCAAAAUCAGAACCAGCAAUCGAGGAGGAGACGGAAGAGACAUCGAAGGCCUCGGAGAUUUACAGUCUGCAAUAGUUCUAGACAACAAAAUAAGACAGGAUCUUCCAAUCAUGGCCAUUCACAUUUUCAAACUGAACGACACUUUGAUUUGAAACGCACAUUAUCUUUGAAUGAUUUAACCGCUCGAAUCAACGGUACGAGUUUGUUAUCUGAGUCAAAUCAGUUAGAUCAGAGUAAAAACCAAUCUGAAAAUUUUACAAGCAGUCUGAAACGAUGUAGUUCUGCAAAUGCUUUACUCAUUUCCAACGAUGAUGAUAAGCCAUUAACUACUUUAAAACAAUUAGAUAAACUGAGUAUAGUUGGUGCAAAUCAGAAGACUCGAAGAAAUCUCUCGAUUUAUAAGAAUACUAAUUUAAAUGAAGCAAAUAAAUCUUCGAACAAUACGAAUGAUCAAAAUAUGAGUAAUGACUUGAAUCAAACAAGUCAAUCAAAGCCUAAAACUAAUAUUAAUGAUAGUUUUUCUCCUUUAAACGACCCUUCAGUAAUUGCAUGUGGUCCAAUAGUUAAUCCGGAAUCCUUGAGAGAUAAUGUGCCUACGAUAGAUAAUCAGAAUCAUGUUCGUGAUGCAAAUUUACCAUCUUCUAUGAAUCUGCAUCACCAUUCAGAUGUCGCACCUGAUGCGAAAAAUGGAUUGGAAGUUCCUGUAGCUCGCGCUAGCAUUCUCACUAAUGCGAAAAGUCCGAUAUUAACACAUAAUGCAAGCUAUUUCGGACAACAAGUUCCUCCCAAUUCUUUAUGGCUCACUCCAUCUCCUAACCAAAUUCCUCGGAUGCCUAGUAACCUGCCAUAUAGUUUGAACGCAACACAAGCUCCGUUUCCCGGUAUACCGUAUCCUCCUCCAAAUGUCCUGAUGCACCCAUCACCACCUAAUAACUAUCUACCCCCAAACACUCAGAGCCAUACACUGUCUAAUGAUUUUCGCUUUUCGCUUCUAAACAACUGUCCUCCGCCAAAUAGUAAUUACCGAAUUUGUCUGCCACCUCCAAAUAUUUACUAUUUACGAAAUCGCUUACCUGUACAUAUUUCUUAUCUUCCUCCAACUUAUAACGGUUUUCCACAAUUGCCAAACACUCAGUGGCCUUCCACAAAUAAUCGUAUUCCGCUACGUCCAAAUGUCAACUGUCCUCCAGGAAUACUUAACAAUUCAACAAAUAUUCCACCUACUUUGAACCAGCGAGCUUCCAUGCCUAUGAAUUCGAUAACUAAUUGCAUUACUGCUAAUCUAAACAAGUCUGUAGACAUAAAUCAACAGAACAGUGCAAUGAUUGUAUCUCCUCUCCAUGGUCUUAAUACUCCUACUCGAAAUUUGGCUCCAACUUCACAACGUCAACGGCAACGGUAA